ACUAUCUUAACGCAUUCAAUUCUUUCCUAUUUCAACAGUUCUUGUACCUACCUUUCUCAAAUAAGAUGUUUUCAGGCAACAACCUAGAUCUUAUUUUACUUCUUUCUACCAUCAUAUCCUACAACUUCAAAGCAAACUUGUUUUAUCCAUUCAUCCUGACUUUCACAUCUAUCAACAUCCAUCUAAAUACAUUAUCCGGGGCUGCGGCUAACUUACAGUCACGUUAGCACAUCGAUUCUAAUCCAGACUGCCUACAAUCAGAAGAAGCAUCGCCAAAACUUCCAACAAUACCUAGGUUACACGUUAGAUACACACUUCCUUCUUUCUUCCUUUCUCCACACUUCUGGAGGUUUAAGGCAUCCCUCGUCAACACACCCUACAAUCAGUACUGCUAUCCAUCACCAUGGCAUCAAAGGCAGCAUCCAUCAAGGAUACGCAGUUCACCGCUCGAGAUAUGGAGAUCCUAGGAAUAGCUUGGCAGUGCUUUGAGGUAGCUCCCAAGAUCAACUGGGACAAGCUCGCCCAGCUUGCACCUUUCAAGAACGCCUCAACUGCCCGCGCUUGUUUCGGACCUAUCAAGAAAAAGCUCGCCUUGGCCUCAGGAGAAUCGACCACAGCCAACACAAGCGAGCCUGGCACGCCCACCAAAGGCAGCAAGAAGCGCAAGGCCGGCAGCGAGAAGACCCCCGGUUCCGGCAAGAAGACUAAGACCUCUAGAAAGGCUCUUUCUAAGUUUAAGAGCGAUGGUAGUGAAGAUGAAGAUGAGACCAACGCCAAGAUCAAAGCCGAUAUCAAGGCCCAAGAAGCAGAAGAAGAUGAGGAAGAUGCUCAUGCUCUGGCGUAAUCGCAUCAUCGCAGGUAGCAACGCGUUUAUUAGCCAGACCUCGUAUGCUAUCACGAUGACUCGACAAUGAAGGCCCGCCUUCCUUCUUCAUCUUCGGAUAGUACACUCAUUUCAACUAUCGUUGACUAUUGCUUGCACACAUGGUCGUUGAUGUUCCAUUUCCAUUUUCCGAUGACAUGCUUGACGCGAUAUAGCACCCUCUCUCGUCACCCGAUAUGUGGAUGGACGACAUCGUGGAGGGCUUUCGCUGGGUUAUCAUGAUAUGAAUGCGCGAUGAAUCAUUUCGUUUAAAUUGCACGAGGUUAGAUAGCUGAUCCAUAGGCAACCAAAUUUCAACAUUUGAUUUAUUUAUAACCGUACCAAGUAAU